GGGUGGAUGGGGCAAAAUCACAUGACCGGAGCGAGAGGCCCGAUGGUGGGUGGUAGUCACAUGACCAAGGCGGAUAUAGCCAAGAGGAUUUUUUGCAGGGAUCCAGAGGUACGGACUUGGCUGUGCGACGGAGCUUUCCGACAUGAGUUUCCUGGGAAGCUUAUUCGGCCCGGUGUGUGAGAUCGACGUGGUCCUUAAUGAUGCGGACUCCCGGAAGACAGCUGAGCUUAAGAUGGAGGACGGGAAAGUGGAGAAACACUUUUUAUUCUACGAUGGAGAGUCUGUCGCUGGGAAGGUGAACCUCACCGUGAAGCAGACUGGGAAGAGGCUGGAGCACCAGGGUAUCCGUAUCGAGUUUGUGGGCCAGAUAGAGCUCUUUGGCGACAAGAGCAACACACAUGAGUUUGUGAACCUGGUGAAGGAGCUGGCACUGCCUGGCGAGCUGACGCAGAACCGCAGCUACGACUUCGAGUUCAUGCAGGUGGAGAAGCCCUAUGAGUCAUACGUGGGGGCCAACGUGCGGCUCAGAUACUUCCUGAAAGUAACGAUAGUGAGGAGACUGUCAGACUUGGUGAGGGAAUAUGACCUCGUCGUUCAUCAGCUGGCCACGUACCCAGACGUCAACAACUCCAUCAAGAUGGAAGUGGGCAUUGAGGAUUGUCUUCACAUAGAGUUUGAGUAUAACAAGUCUAAAUAUCACCUGAAAGACGUCAUUGUAGGCAAGAUCUACUUCCUGUUGGUGAGAAUCAAGAUUCAGCACAUGGAGCUUCAGCUGAUCAAGAAGGAGAUCACUGGAAUCGGACCGAGUACAACUACUGAAACAGAAACGGUAGCAAAGUAUGAGAUUAUGGAUGGAGCACCAGUGAAAGGGGAGUCUAUUCCCAUCCGACUGUUCCUGGCUGGGUAUGACCUCACUGCCACUAUGAGAGACGUCAACAAGAAGUUUUCUGUCCGCUACUUCCUGAACUUGGUGCUGGUAGAUGAGGAGGAUCGGAGAUACUUCAAGCAGCAGGAGAUCGUUCUAUGGAGGAAGGCCCCCGAGAAACUGAGGAAGCGUAACUUCCACCAGCGGUACGAGUCCCCGGAAUCCCGGCCGGCGGUCUCUGCUGAACAGCCGGAAAUGUGAAGGACCGGGGGGGGAGGGACGGGGGGGAUUCAGCACAUCAGUGGAUGGAAUGAGGCCGAGAGCAGGUCCACCCCAGCCGUUGCAGUCAUCUUUCUCACGUCCAUUCUGCACGACUGAAACUGCCACGCUCACUGGCGCCAUCUGGCUCCAUGUUACAGUCUACAGGUGCCUAUGUGUUACAUGCAGAAAGGUCAAGAAACACUGGAACAUUUCAAAGGUAUCUUUUUUCAAAUGCUGUUUGGCCCCAUCCCCUAUCCCUUCCAGACGGAGGAGAAUAAGGAGGGAGGCCUACAUCAGAGAGUGUUCCUCACACGCAUGUGCAAUGGUUCAUUUGUGAGAGUGAGGAGUCAUGUAGAUAAUGAGGGAGCCUGUUUUUAGGAAUGCACCAUUUUGAAGGAACACUACUUGUUUCCCUAGGUGUCCUAUUCCUGAUUUACUGAAAUUAAUACACGUCAGAAUUUAUUUAUGGUUUAUAGUUUGUAUAAUCUACAUUUACUUUUCAUUCACCUCUUAUCUCUUGGCUGUGUUUUAAUUCUAACACGAAAAUAUACAUUUCAGCAAACUGUUUGGAAACGGAUGCAGUUUAAAGCAAAAACACUAGAGGACAGCUUACGGUUUUAGAGUUUCUCCGAAGCCAUCCGGUCCGCCGCGUGAGCCUAAGAAACACUCUGUACUGUACACGCGCUGUUUCGGGGGGGAGGGGGGGGUCUAUUUAGUUUAUCCUCAAAUAAAUAUUUUUGUUUGUUAUGGGUGAACUGGGUUUUUUUAGUAAGAUGGAACACUUAGGAAAGCACUAUGUUCUAACAUAGUCCAGGCGACGCUGGAUCCACUCGCGAAUUCACUCUGCUGCAGAAGCCCACCACGGGGUGAUCGUCAUUCCUCCUCCUGAUUUUUGUAUGUAAGUGCCUGUAAGGAGCAAAUAUUACGUACAGUUAUGCCAAAUAAUGUCUUGGCCACUUGCAUGUUCACCCAAUUUUUACAAUGCCUGAUUUGAACAAUAGAAAAACGAGAUUUCUGUACAUUGAAAAGCUGUACAUAUCCACCUCGAUAUAUUUAUCCAUGUGUCUACAAUAAAAGAUGAAUUUUUACUUGCAUAAA